AUGAAGUUACCUUUCGUCCUUGGGCUACUUGCCGCGGGGGCCAUUCCCCUGGCCACUGCUCGAGAUUCAAUUGAAGCAGCUGAAAUUGCCACCGGCACGAUGCCAAUCUACGGCGAUGAUGCUGCGUCAAUCAUUUAUCGACGAGCCAUGAACGUUUCAGCCUCUCGAGCCAGAUAUACCGGAUUCAAUCAGUCGACAGAGGUGCUCAAAAAAGGGACUAUCCGUCGCUAUGGAGCCAAGACCCUCGACUGUGACAUACUGUUCGAACGAGACGUGCCUAUGAAGUUGCGGGAUGGAACCAUUAUCUAUACCGAUGUCUUUCGCCCUGUUGGAAAUGAUCCAGUUCCAGCCAUCGUUGCCUGGAGCCCCUACGGCAAAGAAGUCGGCGGUCAAUGGCUUGAUGAUGUGACUGACCGAGACGGUGUUAAACUUUCGGAGGUAUCUGAGCUCCAGAAGUUUGAGGGUCCUGAUCCCGCAUAUUGGGUGGCACAGGGCUAUGCUGUGUUGAACCCUGAUGCGAGAGGUGCAGGUUCUUCCGAAGGCAACAUUACGUUCUGGGGACGCCAACUUGCGGAAGAUGGAUAUGAUUUCGUCGAAUGGACUGCAGAGCAGUCCUGGUGUACUGGCAAGGUUGCUAUGUCAGGAAACUCGUGGCUGGCAGUUUCGCAAUGGUUCAUUGCUGCGGAGCAACCGCCUCAUCUGGCUGCGAUUGCACCCUGGGAAGGCCUCACUGAUAUGUUCCGAGACUCGAGCAACCGAGGUGGCAUUGCAGUCUCGGCCUUCAAUGAAGAGAUCAUCACAACAUUCUCGGGGCCCAAUUUCAUCGAGGAUGUCCCGCGUAUGACUGUUAACCAGCAGCUGAUCAACCCCUACUGGCAAGACAAGAUUGCACGACUGGAGAAAAUCAAGGUCCCAGCUUAUAUCGUCGCCAGUUACACCAACGUUGUGCAUACUCAUGGUUCAUUUGAGGCCUUCCGUCGCAUCCAAAGCCAGGAUAAAUGGCUUCGCGUCCACAACACUUCGGAGUGGCCGGACUACUAUGAGACCGCCCACGUGCAUGACCUCCAUCGCUUCUUUGACCAUUACCUCAAAGAGAAGAAGCAAAACGGCUGGGACCAGACACCUCCAGUUCGCCUUGCUAUCCUUGACCCUGGUCAUCAGGACGAGCUCAACCGCCCCGAGUCAGAGUGGCCUACUCCCGGUCUCGAACACAAAUCCCUCUACCUGCAAUCGAACGGCUCUCUUGGUACUCAGCUUCCCAUAUCAGCUGCCACGGUUGGUUACAAAGUUCAUAGCAGCUCGAGCAAUCUGACAUGGAGUUGGCCUAUCGAAGAGUUGACAGAAUUGAUUGGAUAUACGAAGCUCCGUUUGUGGGUGGAAGCUGAUGGGUCAGACGAUAUGGAACUGGCCAUUACCUUGGAGAAGACUGAUCACAACGGUGAUUCCUACAUCGUCACAGGUGGCAGCGAAACCUCGGACAUUGUUUCGACCACCGGGUAUCUGCGUGUCUCUGCUCGCCACCUAGAUAAGGCGCGGUCGACACCCCAAGAGCCUUACCUCACCUUUGAUCGAGAGCAGCUGCUGAUGGCUAAAGAGAUUGUCCCCGUUGAAAUUAGCCUUUGGCCAAUGGCUCUCCGAUUCCACCCAGGCGAGCAUCUGCGCUUGACAGUCGCGGCAAACACGAUCACUUCUUCUGACACGGAUUCUGGGUUUGGUGUUGCCGCCGUACCUGUACCUGCUGCGGGGGGUACAUUCUCCGCAGCAUUGAACACCACUUUGAGGGUUCUGGGAGGAUCGGACCACCUACCAGAUAAUGUUGCCGCUAUGCGCGUUCCGACGCCAACCAGCCGUAACAAUGGUACCCACUUGUUCCAUCUCGGUGGUAAAUACGACAGCUACCUCCUUCUUCCUCUGAACGUCACUUCCUCCUAA